AUGAGCGCCUCAAAGCUUGAAACUAGUGGAGUUAGUGCCGAGAUUUCUACGCCCGCUGGUCCGGGAGAGUCGGAUCCAGAGCCAAUAUCAGAGAAGACAGAGAUAGAGAAAGGAGAGAUAGAUGCAGCAAACGAUGUCGAGACAUCGCCAAAGAAGUCGCUGGCCUUCAAGCUGGCCUUUGUAGGCCUUGCUUCUAGCCUUUUUGUCUUUCAGUUGGAUGCAACGGCUCUUGGUAUUGCCCUCCCGACCAUAGCUGCUGAUCUGGGGGGCCAAAGCUUAGAGUCCUUCUGGGCGAACUUGUCCUAUACACUAUGUGGCAUUGCUAUGCAACCGAUUUGGGCGAGUAUUUCCAACGCAUUUGGUCGAAAACCGCCUUUAUACGUGUGCAUGACACUGUUUUUCGUCGGCUCAGUCGUUUUUGCCGUUGCCAAAAAUAUGAACACUAUUAUUAUUGGCCGAGUGCUUCAAGGCUUUGGUGGAGGUGGAAUCGAUGUUCUAGUGGAGGUGGUCAUCGCCGAUAUGACGACACUGCAGGAACGCUCCAAAUAUAUCGGCCUGAUGGGCAUUGUGCUGGCUAUCGGCAAUAUAAUGGGACCAUCUGUUGGCGCACUUUUCGCUACCUAUGCUAGCUGGAGAUGGAUUGGAUGGGUAAACCUGCCGUUACUAGGGAUUGGCAUGCCCCUAAUAUACUUCUUCCUCAAAUUACGGCCAGUCCCACUGGAUAAAUCACUUGCCAAAAACUUGGCCCGCCUGGAUUGGAUUGGUAUGACGCUCGUUAUUGUUGGUAUUACUAUACUAGUUUUACCUAUCAGCUGGGCCGGUUCCCUGUUCCCGUGGUCGUCCUGGCAAACUCUUGUCCCAAUGCUCCUGGGGUUUUUAGUGCUUGCUAUAUUUGGCUUCUACGAAGCAAAACCCGCAGCCCCUAUCAUGCCCCAUCGCCUUUUCCACUCGAAGACUGCAAAUAUGACAUUAGCAGGAGGCUUUAUCCACGGCGCAACUCUGGUCUCGCUUUUACAAUAUUUGCCCCUGAUUUACCAAGCCGUACAGCUAGAAACUCCGAUAUUAUCCGCCGUUUCUCUAUUGCCUACUGUCGUUACAAGUGUAUUGCUUGCAGCCACCUCAAUGAUGAUGGUUCCUUUUUUUGGAGGAUAUGUAUGGCUUCUACGGCUUUCAUGGAUUAUACUCACACUGGGAACCGGCUUGCUAGCCCUUCUCCGUGUAGAAUCAACAUCAUCAAUGCGUCUUGGACUUCCUAUCCUCUGGGGAGCAGGCGUUGCUCUUCUCCGUCUUAAUCUUUUACCCAUGCAAGCGAGCGUGAAAAAGGUCGACGACACGGGCCUAGCGAUCGGGCUAUUUCUCACUAUUCGUCCUCUGCUGCCCCUCCGCGAUGCCUCCAAUGCCGUCGCCUUUAUUGAAAAGCUCAGAUCUCUAGACAUUUCCCCUGAAACGCUUCUUCCUGUUUUGAAAGUCUAUCUAAAAUGCUUCCAGACGAUAUUUUAUACGAUGACAGGGCUCGGUGGACUAGGUUUUGUGACUUCAAUAUUUAUCGACGAGAUUGCCCUGAGCGGAGAAAAUCUUGGGAACCAGCGAUUCGAGGAAUAA